GGGACUGAGCCCCCCCCCUCGCGGGACUGAGCCCAGCGGAGCCGGGACCGCGGCGUGUGACACCCCCCCGCACAGGGCGGGACCGGAGGGUGUGACCCCCCCCCCAAUGUGGGCCUGGCUGGUGCUGGGGUCCUGGUGCCUAGUGAGGACGUCUCCGGCCCCGCAGGCGUGGGUGGAAUCAGUGGCGUGGCAGAGCCGUGGGCCAGUGAUGGUGGAGCCCGUGGCCUGGCGGUGGCAGGAUAAAGCCGCGUGAAUUACAGCCGUCACACCAAACCCGCCUGGCGGCGUCUCCAGUGACCGUGCCUGUGACUCGGUGUCUCUGCAGAUCCCGCCCCAGAGGGCACCGCCGAGAUGGAGCCAAGUGCUGGGGGCAGAGGAAUCCCAGAUGCUCCUGGGGCGGCAGGCGCUGGGGGCUGGAGCAUCAGAGAGGAGCAGAGCGACACGCUAGGAUCCCAGGCAGUGAAAGCAGAGAGCGCGUCCGAGAGCCUGGGCUGUGGGGAGCCCCUGGCCCCAGGAAGCGGCCACAUCGGGGACGUGCUGCUGAUCUGCACGGAGUGCGGGGAGAGCUUCGGGCAUCACGAGGCCCUGAUUGCCCACCAGCGAGACCACGCCGGGCAAGGGGCCGGGCCCUUCACCUGCCCCCAGUGCCAGAAGAGCUUCAAGCACAGAGCCAGCCUGGUGGCGCACCAGCGCGUGCACACGGGCGAGCGCCCCUACGGCUGUGCCCAGUGUGGGAGGGGCUUCCGCUACAAGACCUGCCUGGUGGUGCACCAGCGCGCCCACUCCGGCCAGCGCCCCCACAAGUGCCCGCAGUGCGGCAGGGCCUUCCUGCAGCGCGGGGACCUGCGUGCCCACCUGCGCACACACACGGGCGAGCGCCCCUUUGCCUGCUCUGAGUGCGGCCUCCGCUUCCCGUCCCGCCGGAACCUCGCCUGUCACCAGCGCCAGCACCCGGACCUGGGCCCCCACCAGUGCCAGCAGUGCGGGCGCAGCUUCCGCCACAAGCGCAACUUGGUGCGGCACCAGCGUGGCCAUGCCGGCACCCAGCCCUACCACUGCCCCGAGUGCGGGGACGGCUUCUGCUACAAACAGAGCCUGGUGGCCCACCAGCGGGAGCACGCCACCCCCCGGCCCUACCCCUGCCCGCAGUGCGGCACCAGCUUCCAGCACCAGGCCAACCUGGCCAUCCACCAGCAGAGCCAUGCCCCCCCGGCCACCUACACCUGCCCCCAGUGCCAGCAGAGCUUCAAGUACAAGGGUUACCUGCGCAUGCACCAGCGGAAGCACUCGGCCCCCGAGGCCGCGGGACGGGAGUGCCAGGCCCUGCCCAGCGGGGGGAGGCUCUUUACCUGCGCCCAGUGUGGGAAAGGCUUCAAGAACAACGGCUUCCUCAUCAUCCACCAGCGAGCCCACGCGGCCGGGGCACGGAGCACCAGCCCCAGCCCUUGGGGCACCUAGCCCCUCUGCCAGGCCUCGUGCCAUCAGCAAAGGGGCAGCAUUGCCAAGGGAGCUCUGAGCGUGGCCAGGAAGGGCCCAGCGUGCCGACAGAGGUGCUGGCCACAGGCACAGUGUUAGAGAGAGGGGAGGGCUGGGCUGCUGAAACCCAGGGUGGCCAACUUAGGCUACUGGACUUUGUCUGAAAGCACCAGCUCCAGAGUCCUGGGAGAAUGGCAGCUUCGGACUCAAAGUGCGGCUGUGGUGCCGGCGGCGAAGGGUCUGGGGUGUCUGAGCACAUGGGGUUUGCGGGGCCGGGGCUGGGUCUUUCUGCUGCUGGCUGCUGCCCUGUUGCCGGAUGCGUGUACCAGCCCUGCCCGGUGCCCCCAAAUUCUCUCUCUGGGCCCCUCUGGGAAGAGGCUGCUGAGCCUGGAUGUGGCCCUGGGGGGAGAGGGGGGCUGGCUGUCGUGCCACACACGCAGCCAGGCAGAAAGGGGGCCGAAGAGCCCUGAGUGUGCUGUGGGGGACGGGGGAGAAACCUGCCCUGAGAGGCUCCAGAGCUGCCUGGGUCACGGCGCAACCGGGCGUCCCACAGAGAGAACCACCACUGGCGCAGCGCUGACACCGC